UAUCGCUCGGCUUGCCGCUCCCAGGGGACGCGGCGUCCUGCCUCGCUCCUCCGCCGGCAAGGUGGGAUCUCAGAGAUAACGAGCGCCAGCAGCAGCCGAGUUGGGGAUGGCAGGGGCUGAGAGGGGGGAGCAGGGUGCCCCGGUGCUGGGCCCGGCUUCGGCAACGUGUGCUGGUACCUAAUGAGCAGCGGGGGGGCUGCUCACGCACCCUGGGCUCGAGGGGAGCUGGGUGGGCAGAAGGACGAGGGGACGCGGGCAGAUAUGGACGGACGGGUGCCUGGUGGGCGGAGGGACGAGGAGAGUAUGGGGUGGUGGGCCCUGUGUGACCCCUGGGGGUCGCCUCGGCAGGAGGUUGGGUUGCUGCCCCCUCCUUUCUCCCCACAGAGAGCCCACGGCGUGCCUUCAUCCCCGGGGCCCCGGGGGACGCUCUGCAGUUCCCUCUCUUGCUCUCCUGGACCCACGGCCAGGAGCCAGAGGACCCAGCCCACUGGGGGUCCUGGAGGUGGUGGGCAGAGGGCCCGUGCACCGCCGAUGUCCCAAGGAGGAGCUCUGCCACCGCCACCCCGGUGUCCAGGAGAAAUGACAAUGACAACGACAGUGCUCACCGGGAGAUGUUAUUCCAGCCAAAUUCGCACAGCGGGGCCCCGACCUUCGUCCUGCCCCACGACAAAGGCCGCUCCUGGGUCUCCUGGGACUGGCAGCUCCGGGCGAGGGCUGCAGCGUGCGUGGGGGAUGCGCCGCCAGCCGCCCCCCUGGGAUCCCGGCUGUCACCACCUCCCGCGGGGGCUGCUGUCAGCCUGGGGGGACAGGCAGGCAGCCUCUCGCUGCCGGUACCUGCUGCAGCGCUUUCCUUAAUGAUGAGUUCAGCUCGCCUGUCCCCCCAAUUAACUCCGCCGCUCCAGCUCGUCAGGCUGCGCUCCCGGAGCAGUGCCUCGGCGAAGGGCUGCGCACACCGCUCAGCACAGCCGCACGGGCACAGCUGCGGGCCCGGCAUUUUCCCCCGCAGCCACUGCCGGUCGUUACGGAGCCGACGGGCGUCUGGAAGUUUGGAGGGAACGCGUCCAGGGCACGUGGUGCUGGGAGCAGGGUGCAGGGCACUGCUCCUGCACCCAUCGCUGCCCUGGGGCCGGCAGGCAGCGCGGCCACGUCGCGCACAUCGAGCUGCCCGCCUGCCUCCUGGCCUCCGUCCGGGAGGGCAGCAGGUGACGGGAAAGCGAGACCCGGCCUGGACGGAGAUGAAAGGCGGCCUCGCAGCUGCGGACACCCGACGCCACCUGCCCCGGCGCGCGGGCGGGCCGGCAGCCGGGAUGUCCUUGUCCCCACGCGCUGCGCCCCGGCGGUGCCGUGCCAGCAGCUCCCUGCCUGCCGGGGAGCCCCCUGCUCCCCACGCCCCGGCCCAGAGCCUCCCGGGCCUCCUUCCAGAGAGAGAACAGGGCCCGGCUGUCCGUCCCAGCCGCCCGCCUGCCCCAUGCCAGCAGAUCCCCCGCACCCUCACCCACCCAAGGGUGCUCACCCCCCACAGCGGGCUCACUCGCAUGCCGUGCCACCGACCCUCCCCAGUCCCUAAGACCACCAGCCCAGGGAAUUUGCUCAUUUUUCCCAGCCCGUUGUCCCUCCCAGGUCGUGCCCACCCAUCUCUUGUGCUGCCAGCGUGGUACCCAGCCAGCUGUCUGUCCAUCCGCCCGUCCGUCCGCCCCCAGCAGUGCACACCCCCCUGACUCCCUCCAGCCAAGCCAGAGGACGCCUGGGGCACGCUUGGGGGGCAGAGGGGCUCUGGGACACGGCCUCUGGCCCUGCUGUCACCUGGAAGGGGUGACAAAACUUGUGCAGGCAUCCCUGCCCGGUGCCUGCUGGGGUCCCCACAUGUUUUUCAAGGCUGGAAGGGGGGAAAUAGCUGCCUGUCACCAACCGCACUGUCGCCUCACCACCUCCCUCCCAGGGCGCCAAUAAAUACC